CCUUGUGACCGGAGGGCAUCGGGUUUCAUUUCAGCGCGCACUUUUAGAGCGCCGCUGUUUUCCCUGCACUUGUGAUCUUUUAGGGGACGUCGUUUGUUUGCAAGUCCAAAAGCCAUGACGUCCGCCAGCAACGAAGAGCCAUCGGCGAACUGGGGGGAAUGCAUGGAGGCGGCGGUGGAGAUCGCGCGCAAAGCGGGGCAGGUCAUCAGAGAAGCUGUUAAACAUGACAAAUGUGUAACCACAAAAAGCUCAGCUGUCGACCUGGUGACAGAAACGGAUCACCUGGUUGAGAAUCUGAUCAUCUCUUCUCUAAGGGCAAAAUAUCCUUCUCACAGUUUUAUAGGUGAAGAAUCUUCUGCAGCUGGUGAAAAGUGCUGUUUAACAGAUAAUCCAACCUGGAUAAUAGAUCCUAUUGAUGGGACUUGCAAUUUUGUUCACAGUUUUCCAAUGGUUGCUGUGAGCAUUGGUUUUGCUGUGAACAAAGAGCUUGAAUUUGGUGUCAUCUACCAUUGCCUUGAAGAGAACCUGUACACUGCAAGAAAAGGCCAUGGUGCAUUCUGCAAUGGUCUAAAGCUUCAAGUGUCAAAGGAAACAGAUUUGUCCAAGGCUUUGAUUUUAACUGAAAUUGGUGCAAAGCGAGACCCAGAGACCCUGAAGAUUUUUCUUGGAAACAUGGAAAGGUUUCUUAAAGCACAUGUUCAUGGCAUUCGAGUGAUUGGCAGUGCAACCUUAGCUCUUUGCCAGAUAGCAGCAGGGGCAGCAGAAGCAUAUUACCAGUUUGGACUCCAUUGCUGGGAUAUUGCGGCAGCAGCGGUCAUCAUCAGGGAAGCUGGCGGAAAUGUGAUCGAUACAUCAGGUGGGCCGCUGGACCUGAUGUCUCGCAGGGUAGUGGCAGCGGGAACUCAGGAGAUGGCCAAUCACAUUGCACAGAUGCUCGAGACAAUAACCUAUGAACGAGAUGAUUAUAAUGCAAACAACCUUUAGAAAAUGGAGACCAAGAACACAAAAUGGAUUCCUAUACAUACAUUUUUAGAAACCUAUUCAGCACUGACCUGUAAUAAUAUUUAUUGUAUUUCUAGUGGAGAAGUCUAAGAUAUUAUUUGGUACAGACCUUCCUAAACAACCAUAUGCCACUGAUGUUUUAUAUGGUUUGUUUGUUUUUUUUUUUAACCUAUUCUACAUAUUUUCUAGAAAUGUCCAUUACAUUAAAGAAACAAAAAGUAUUAAGUGACCAACUUUUUAAA